UCUCCCGAUGGUGGAAACAUCGUCAGUCAGGCGGUUGAAGUGGUCGGAAAAAUCUGAAAAUUGAAGUGACCGCACCUUAUGCAGUUCGAAUGACGCAUAUUCCACCGGCAUCGUGCCUACUGACGAUUAUUUACAUGUGAUUCAUGAACGUCUCAGGCUAAUUUUUCAAUACUUGACGUCUCUGUAUCAUAUGUGAACAUGAAUUAACUCGAUGUAUUCACACCGCUAAGUUUAUGUACAGACUCAUUUGUUGAAAAUCAAAGUGUUUUGACGUUAUUUGUUAGUUUACUUCUAUAGGAAAUAUUGUGAAUUUUGAAAACGAAGUAUCGGAAGAUGUCGAGGAGAGGUUUGACAAAGGUAGAAUCAGAGGAAGAAAUGGACAAAAUUUUCGCUGAAAUGAAUAGUGACGAUAGUGUAGACGAUACCGUCUUUGUGACUUCUGAUAUCGAGGAAAAUUCGGAUAUUGAACUCGAAUUCGAAUCUCAUGAUGAAGAAUUAUUUGACAAUGAACCACUCGCUAAUACAAGCAAUGAUCCGUGUAACCUAGAUUGGUCCCGUAAUAUUCAACUUCAGCCAAGGAUUUCUUUCAGCGGCAAUGAAGGCUUCCAAAAUGAAUCUAUAAACGAUAAAUCCACCCCGGCAGAUAUAUUUUUCCGUUUCAUUGAUGACAAUGUUUUGAGAAUCAUGGUCGUGGAAACGAAUAGGUAUGCACAUCAGUUGUUACAAUCUAGAGUAACAACUCGUAAACAUCAAUUGGCAAGAUGGAAAGACGUAGACAAAAAUGAGAUGAAAAGAUUUUUGGGUGUAGUUUUAUUUAUGGGCAUUGUGAAUUUGCCGAAAAUAGAAUGUUAUUGGAAACAAGAUAUCCUUUACUAUCAUCCACUCUUGCAUAAAAUAAAUAUGAGUUAUAAUCGAUUCUCCUUGAUCCUAAGGUGCUGGCACUUCACAGAUAAUUCAGUGCCACGAGAAAAUAAUGAUCGUCUCUACAAAAUAUCCCCUUUAAUUGAGGCCAUUGUAUCAAACAUUCAAAGUUUGUAUAUGCCUGGGCAAGUUGUUGCCAUAGACGAGUCUAUGAUUCUUUUUCGAGGAAGGCUGCAGUACAACCCAGGAAAAGCUCAUAAAUAUGGCGUGAAACUAUACAAGCUCUGUUCACCUGAAGGAUUCGUUUGGAAUCUGAAGAUAUAUUGUGGCAAAGAUCAGACCAUGGAAAAUUUGGACAAACCAGGUUCUGUAGUUGUCAGUCUUGGAAAAAAAUUGCUGAAUGAAGGUCGUGUUUUUAUUACUGACAACUGGUACACAAGUAUACCCUUAGCAAUGUACCUAAAAUCUCAUGGAACGGACUUAUGUGGCACUCUCCGAAGAAAUAAAAAAUAUCUACCAAAAGAAGUGAUAAAUUCCAAACUAAACAAAGGCGAAUUAUUUGGCAUGCAGGCGGAUGGCAUUACAGUCUUGAAGUGGCGAGAUAAAAGAGAUGUGCUAAUGUUGAGUACAUAUCAAGGAAGUGAAAUGAUAGAUGUGCCAAAUAAGCAAGGUUCAGUGGUAAAAUCUAAGCCAAAAAUUAUUGUGGAAUAUAACAAAGGAAAACAAGGCAUUGAUAUUUCUGAUCAAAUGACUAGUUAUUAUAGUGUCCUGAGAAAAUCCCUCAUUUGGUAUAAGAAAGUAGCUCUGGAAGUAAUUUGUGGAUACGUUGUAACUAAUAGUUGUAUUAUGUACAAUGAAAGUCAUCCUAACAAAACACUUCGUCAGCUCGAAUUUUUAGAACAACUAGUGCGCCAUAUUCUGGAUACAGAAAAUGUUCCAACUCCUAGUCGGCAGACAGGAACUAGCCAGGAACAUUUCUUAGAAGAGAUACCUCGAAGAACGAAUGGAAUGAUUAGGCGUAAAAGAUGUCACUAUUGCUACAUUAGAAAUAAAAAUGAUCGAGACUCAGAAUUUGCAUCCAAACGUACGAAGCAAGUGUCCACUGAAUGCAAUGCUUGUGAAAAAGCCUUUUGUCUCCAAUGUUUCAAGGAGAAUCAUUGAACUUUGUUUUGUUUUCGUAUAUUUCUUCCUUAAAAAUUGUAUAUUUUUCUUUGAAAAUAAAUUAAUCGAGAUUUGA